AUGGCCAUCCCCUCCGACCACAUCAUCGCGAACUUCGUGCAGCCUUACUACACCAAGUUCGCGGCCGACCGAGCGGGAUUCGUGAAUGAAUACUACCGCACAGACUCCACCUUCACCUUCGAGUCCAACACGGCCCAAGGAGUAGAUGCUAUUCGGGCGCAGUGGUCGGUCGAGCACCUGCAAACCGCCAAGCUACAGAUCACCACAGUGAACGCUCAGCAGUCCGUUGAUGGCUCAAUCAUCGUUCUCGUCACUGGCCUGAUGCAGUUGACCGAAACUGACGCACCGAUGAACUUCGCCCAUUCGAUGCUUCUGAAGACCGACGCCGAGCAGAAGCCGUACUGCUUCAACGAUAUGUUCAAGCUCGUAUACGGCUAG